AUGCCCUCGACUCGCUCCAAAAAUAUUGAUCCCACAAACGAUGGCACCGACCCAGUUGUAGCUACCAAGGACACCAGUUCAAAGAAGCGACCUACCAAAUCAAAGACUAAAUCAAAGUCAAAACCGAAGAAGAAACUCAAGACGAAGUCACGAGCAGCAGCGUUGAAUAAUCAAGAGGAUGAUGAUGGCUUUGAGGACGAAGAAGAAGAAGAGGUUGAAGAAAAUAAUCAGAAUGAUGAAACCCCUCACGUCACUGAUGCGGUGGUAAAAGUUUGGUUGGAAGAUAUCGAAAAUGGUAAUUUUACAGUUGUCAAAAAAUUAUCCGAUCAAAACAACUCACAAGAUCAAGUUAUCAAAAAUACCCAAGACCAAAACAGUGCUUCCGACUCUCAAGACGAACAAAAUGAAGAUGACAUCACACUUGAAAGAAGAAAUCAAAAACGAAGAGAUAUCGAAGAUACUGACAAUGAAGGUGACAAACGGUUGAAAGAUGCUCAGACAGGUAAAGGGCAACAUAAACUCAAGGAGAAGACGAAACAUAAGAAGAAGAAAGUGGAAAUCAAUACUGAUUCCUCCGAUUCAGAUACUAUUGAAGACUCAGAAGAGUCAGAUUCAUCAGAAUGA